UUCGUAAAGAAACAGACCCUUUUCUUUCCUACUCUCUAUCUCUCUCCCGAAUUCUAGGGUUUUUCUCUUUCCUAGGUUUAGGGUCUUCGCCUCCGCCAGAGCUCAUCAUCAUCACCACCGUCUAUCUCGUUCGACGAGGAGGAGGAGAGAGAUCUAGACCAUGGCGGCCGUCGCUCCUGCAGCAGAUCGUAUCCUUUCUGUGCUCCUUUGCUGAUUGAAAAACAACGAAGGUACAGAUUUGCUCCAAAAAUUGACAUUAGAUUCUCAAACCAAGACCCUUGAAAUUCCUGAAGCUACCAAGAAGAAGCCUUCUGUCACACGGUAUGGGUCUGCCGAUGGUGGCGAUGUGUCAACUGCAACAAUCCCAUCAUCUGAGAGGUCUAUGACCCCACUUCUUCAGGAUUCCAUGGAUCUAAGUAUGUGUUAUCUUCCUAAUGGAUAUCCGUCUGCGAACUACUGUUAUGGAGGUUAUGAGGGUCCUGUCAAUGACUGGGAGGACUGCCCUAGAUAUGUCAAUUCGAAUGGAGUGGAAAUGCCUCCUGUAAGUUUUUGUGCUUACACAUACAUGCAUCCAUACACACAUGCAUAUAUGGAUGACUUUGAGGGAGUUUAUGGAGAUAAUGGGCCUCUUAUGUAUCAUCAUGGCUAUGGAUAUGCUCCUUAUGGUGCGUACCAACCGGCUGGGUCUUCUAUACCAACUAUGGGACAUGAUGGUCAGAUAUAUGGCCACCAGAAUUAUCAGUAUGGAACUCCUUACUACCAGCCACCAACUCCGCCACCAUACCUCAACAAUCAAGGCUCUUCUCCCCUGGUGGAGGUUUCCACUUCAGUUGCUGCUCAUCAAGCACCUGUGCCUGUCGAAACAGGUAAAGGAAAUGCUAAUAGAGUUGCAAACGGGAACUUGAUCGGCAACAAAGGGUCAGCUCCACUGAGGCCAAUCAACCCGAAUUCUUGGACUUCGAAUGGUUCCCACGGAGGAGUUGUGCCAGGUGGUUUUGCCGCCUCUGGAUUCCAGGAUCCGAGAUUUGGAUUCGAUGGAAUGCGAUCAACUGGGCCAUGGUUAGAUGGUCCCAUGUUCUCUGAUGGCCAGUCAAGAGCAGGAACAAGUGGGCCUUUUGUUUCAACAGUUCCAUCAGCAAGGAAUCAGAAUCUUUGCCCCCUUCCGCAUGUCAUGGGCUUGCACCCCCCAAGGCCAUCUGGCAUGGGACCAACUCCAGGAUUCAUGAAUAGUAUGUAUACAAAUGGUAGAAUGUAUGGCCAAUUUGGGAACACAGUUAGAACUGGUCCUGGUUUUGGAUCCAAUGGUAACGAUGCCAAAGCAAGUGGGCGUGGGUGGAUGGUUGUUGAUAACAAGUACAAGCCCAGGAGUCGAUCUGUUUUCGGUUAUGGCAAUGAAAAUUCAGAUGGACUGAAUGAGCUAAGCAAAGGGCCGAGGGCUGGCCGUUUCAAAAAUCAGAAGGGCUUUGCAUCUAACAUCACACUAGCAGUCAGGGGACAAAGCCUUCCUUUAAAUGGAAAUAGUGAUGAGGCAAGUGCAGUUACAACCAGGGAUCAAUACAACAAAGAAGAAUUCCCAGUCGGGUACUCUGAUGCGAAGUUCUUCAUUAUUAAGUCGUAUAGUGAGGAUGAUAUUCACAAGAGUAUCAAGUAUGGUGUCUGGUCAAGCACUGAGCAUGGAAACAAGAAGCUGGAUUUCUGUUACCAGGAAGCUCAAGAGAAGUCUGGUGGUUGCCCUGUAUUUUUGUUUUUCUCUGUCAACAGCAGCGGCCAAUUUGUUGGUCUCGCUGAGAUGGUGGGUCCAGUUGAUUUUAAUAAGAAGGUUGAACACUGGCAGCAGGAUAAGUGGAAUGGUUGUUUUCCUGUGAAGUGGCACAUUGUAAAGGACAUGCCCAACAGUAUGCUGAAACACAUCACCCUCGAGAACAAUGACAACAAACCGGUGACAAACAGCAGAGACACUCAAGAGGUGAAGCUUGAUCAAGGGCUUGAAAUGCUCCAAAUAUUCAAGGAUUACACCAGUAAGACAUGCAUCUUGGAUGAUUUUGGGUUUUAUGAGGCUCGUCAGAAGACAAUGCAGGAUAAGAAGGCUAAGCAACAGCAAUUUCAGAAACAGGUCUGGGAUGGAAAGACAGCUGAUGUCGCUUCCAAUGAGAAGGAUGGCGACAUGCCAAACACUAAAGCAGCAUUGCAGCAAGCCACCGAACUGGCAUCACCCAAACAGAAGGAAUCUGGCCAGGGUCCUGGAGAGUGGAAACCAUCUGAUGAAAAUGGUUCGACUGCAGGAGCUGGUGAUGCGCCAAAGUGUGCUAAAACAUCAACGGAGGGGCAAGUUCUUGAGAAUGGUGUUGCCAACAGUUGCUAGACUCUCUGGUUUCCCUAAAGCAGCAGUUCCUAUAGAAGUUUUGCUGUUUUUUUUUUUUAGAUUCAAGUAUAAUAUACAGAGGUGAAUGAAGGCCGAGUUUCAAAGGCCGCAGGCGGCUCCAAGCGGGCUGUCUUACUUCACAAGCAAUAAAGAGAGAAGGGUUUGUUCUGAAAAAGCCCUUCCACCAGCUUUUUCUUUGAAGUGUUGGUAAGCCUAAGCUUUUCUAGUGACCUUACAUUGCCUUUAUCUUUUGUUUUUACAUCCUU